UUUCUCUGAAGUGUUCUUUACAAACCAUCAGCCAUGAGAGCUGUUGUGCUUGCCCUGACUGUGGCCCUUGUGGCAAGUCAACAGAUCAACCUUGUCCCUGAGUUUGCCCCUGAUAAGACCUAUGUGUACAACUAUGAGGCUCUUCUCUUGGGCGGUCUUCCACAAGAAGGUUUGGCCAGAGCAGGUAUAAAAGUCAACAGCAAGGUUCACCUCAGUGCCGUCAACGAGAAUACCUUCCUGAUGAAGCUCAUGGAUCCUCUAAUCCACGAGUAUGCUGGUAUUUGGCCCAAUGAUCCAUUUGUUCCUGCCACUAAGCUCACCUCAGCACUGGCUGCUCAGCUUCAGAUUCCCAUCAAGUUUGAGUAUGCUAAUGGUGUGGUUGGAAAGGUAUUUGCCCCUGCAGGAGUCUCCCCUACGGUACUGAACUUACACAGAGGUAUCCUCAACAUCCUUCAGCUCAACCUCAAGAAGACCCAGAACAUCUAUGAACUGCAAGAGGCUGGAGCUCAGGGAGUGUGCAUGACCCACUAUGUCAUCAGUGAGGACCCAAAGGCCAACCACAUUACCGUCACCAAGUCUAAGGAUCUGAGCCACUGCCAGGAGAGAAUCAUGAAGGACGUUGGCUUGGCAUACACUGAGAGAUGUGCUGAAUGCACAGGUGAA